AUCCAUGGAAAUGCCUCCCGCGGACCUUCGCGAUAUCAUCUCCUGUCCAAUAUGCUACGAAGACUUUGAGGAACCGAAAGCACUGCCGUGCCUCCAUACAUUUUGUAAGGAAUGCUUACAGUUGUUGAUUUUAAAAUCUAUGGAAUCCGACGUAAAGAAAUAUUUCUUUUGUCCAUCAUGUAGAAGGAAAGUUUACGGUCCGAAAAACGUAGCGCUUGAGGAAUGGGCGGACUCUUUCCCGUCCAACCACACGAUUCGUACUUUGCAGGACAACUUCAAAAUGGAGGACUCGGAAAGUAUGUGUGAUUACCACAAGGGGAGAGUGGUGGAAUAUUACUGUACGGAUCACGAAACCACAAUCUGUUCACAGUGUUUUGUUCUGGAACACAGGCAGUGUUGCGAAGUCGAUACAGUUGAAGCCGCAGCUGACAAAACAAGAGACAAAGAGUCGGAACUGGAGGAAAAACUUCGUAGGCUUGCCAAAUGGAUGGAUAAAAAGAAAAGCAAACGACGGGAAAUUCAUACCCGCCUAAUUGAUGUUGAAGCUGCUGUACGGUCUUGGCGGAAAGAAGUCGACGAGGAAUUGGACCAAUGGGAAUCUCACGUAACGGAGCAGUUGCAGACUGUGGCAGCCAAAGAUAUCAGUCAACUGGAGCAGGCUAUCCAGCACGGCGAGCACAUCAUGCACAACCUCAAAAAUGCUAAAACUGACAUUUGUGAUAGCACGCAAAGCAAUAAGAGAAUUCUGAAAGCCAGAACUAGUAUUAGCAGCGUCAUCUCUGAAGCUACAGAGGUAAUCAAUUCUGUGGAUUCUGAUAACAGCCAUUUUCAACUUAGUUUUAAAGGAAACGAAUCCUUGAAAAAGUCUCUAUCAGGAAUUGGCAGUUUAGUUGUCCCUCAAACUACUGUUACUUCAGCAUCACUUCAAAAGAAUUUAAGUGAUGAAGCAGCAGGACCAAGGAUAUUUCCGUCUCCUACUCAGUUGGCACAGUUGGUCCAACGCUGGGAUACCUCACGCUUAAAUCCGAAUGCAACGCAAUUCAUACCGAAAGGAAAUCUCAACGUCCGAACAAGCCGGGAUAAAGACGAUUGUUUGAUCACCGGAAGUACGUUUUUACCUGAUGGGAUUCUCGCUAUCACCGACCAAAACAACGGCAAGAUUAAAUUCUUUGGCCGAUCGUUCAAUCUCUUGUCGGAAAUGGGUUUCAGCUCCGAUCCAUGGGAUGUCUGUUAUGCUGGGGGUAACGCCAUAGCUGUGAGUUUCCCUGACGACAAUUUCAUUCAAUUCUUCAAAAUCAAGGGCGGAAAAAUCACAGGUUCAAUGGGCAAUGUCAAAACUCCAGGUCGUUGCUAUGGUAUCGACAUUCGAGGACAACGACUGGCUUUCAUCUGUAGGAGCAGACAGGGGAGUUCCGUACACGUCGUUAAUCGGACAGAAGGGAAAGACUUGGGAACAUGGAUAAAAGAGAAAGCGCCUACUUUGAAACCAGGUGGGAUGUGGUAUCUGGCAUUCGAUGACAAUGGCGACAUUUUGUAUGUGACAGACGACGAAGAUAACCGUCUCAUCACUUUGGCCGUGGAUGGUAGUCAUGGUACUUCACUGAGGGUAAUCAGCACCCAAGACUUUGGGAACUACAGCACACGCGGGGUUGCAACACGUGGGCCCGAUAUUGUGGUGACAAGUCCAACUCACGUGGAAGAGUUCAGUGUAUAUUCAAAAGGACUCAGGUCACAAAUUUACAAAGCAAGAGGAGAUGUUGUCAGCGUGGACCCGAACACAAACCGUAUUUUUAUCUCGCCGCCGUCAAAGGGACAAUACGCCAAAAGUAAUAUUUGUCAAGUCCGUCAUUUUGACUGCUCCAUCUAG